CUGUUGCUAGCGACGCCGGCGACUCUAUGUCCCAGCGCCGCCGGCCCGGAAGUACGUUUGCCGGAGCGCUGACGUGACGUCACUGGCAAGAUGGCGGCGCACAUGAGCUGAGAGGGCACAGCGGGCGCAGAAUGAGAGGUGCUGCAGGAAUGUGCCUAGCACAGAUUCACAGGACAGUUGCAGUGUCACCAGCAGCACUUCGCCUGCACCAAAUAUGCAGAAGAAACAUCCGCUGGCUGGUCUUCCAUCCACCCAAAUGCAAGUAUGUGACGCAGUGUGGAGUUUUAUGUCAGAGGGCAAAACCCAUGCCAGACCUUUCUGACUCGGCAAUACAAGAAGAAGAGAAAAAGGCUCUAUCUGCUGCACUCGCCAUGCCAAUCAAAGACCCGUCCAAAGAUCAUUAUGCUCAGGAAGAGCUAGCAGCUUCUGCCAAACUAAGCAUGCAGCCCCAUGCUUCCCCCGAGGAUAGAGGCUGGAAGGAAAUAAAAGUAAACUUGUCCACCCUACCUGGAAUUUUGGCUCGUCUCUCCAAAAUCAGGCUAUCAGCCUUGGUGGUGAUCACAGCUUCAGCAGGCUACGCCAUUGCUCCUGUACCUUUUGACCUUAGCUGCUUCCUUUUGGCCUCUGUUGGAACUGGCCUUGCUUCCUGUGCUGCCAACUCCAUCAACCAGUUUUUCGAGGUGCCAUUUGAUUCGAACAUGAACAGGACAAAAAGCCGUCCCCUGGUGCGAGGACAGAUCAGUCCUCUCUUGGCAGUGUCCUUUGCUGCAGCCUGCGCAAUCCCUGGGAUCUCAUUGCUGACCUUCGCUGUCAAUCCUCUGACCGGGGCCCUGGGUGCUUUCAAUAUCUUCCUUUACACCUGCUGUUACACCCCUAUGAAACGGCUCAGCAUCACCAAUACCUGGGUGGGUUCCGUGGUGGGUGCUAUCCCACCAAUAAUGGGCUGGACCGCAGCAACUGGCAGCCUGGAUGCAGGUGCUCUACUUCUGGGAGCAAUCCUCUACUCCUGGCAGUUCCCUCACUUCAACGCCUUGAGCUGGAACCUUAGAGAAGACUACUCUAGGGGUGGUUAUCGAAUGAUGUCAGUCACACAUCCAGACAUGUGUCGCCGUGUGGCAUUGCGCCAUUGCCUGGCGCUUAUUGGAUUAUCGACCUUGGCUCCAGUUCUGGAUGUCACUACAUGGAACUUCCCCAUAAUCUCCCUUCCCAUCAACUUGUACAUUUCCUACUUGGGCUACAAGUUCUACCGGGAUGCAGAUCGUAAUAGUUCUAGGAAACUGUUUUUCUGUAGCCUGUGGCACCUGCCCACACUGCUGCUUCUCAUGUUAACCUGCAAGAAGUCUGUAGUGGGGAAAAAGGAGGAAAAAAAGGUAAUCCAGGAUCCAAGAUGAGUCUGAGUUUCCCAUGAGGAAUAUGGUGUUGGGACAGAAAUCUGUGGUAUAUCUGGGUAUAAUGGUGCCCCAUAUAACAGAUUAUUACUGUACACACAUUUACAGAGCGAGAGAGUGGCCUACUCUGUUGGCCAAGAAUGCAUUUUUAGGCCCCCAUAUUGGACAUUUACAGUAGGCCAACAUUUCUACCUCUUACCCACAGAUACUACUGGGAGCCAGCUAUAGGAACAGACAGCAAUUUAAAAACCACAUCCAUUAAUAAGCCUUAUAUCAGGCCUAUCAAACCCCACAUAAUCCCACACCAGUGUUUUAUUCUAUAAACUGUAUGGUAAAUGUGGGGGGUGGGGGGGACAUACCGUCUUUAUGUAAAUUGCUAUGGCUGCUGCCACCUUACAAAUAUUUCAUGACGUUCUGUUAAAAUAAAGCAAAUUGUUGGUGACAUGUCCACACGAAUAACCAAAACACACCCUUACAGUAACUGUUUCCUGCUAGGAUUCUAGCUGCCCAUGGGUUUUGUCUUACUAUCAACAUAUGAAUUAUAACAGAAAAAGUUACAUUAGUGCAGGGAAUGAUAGCAUAACAUAGAAUUUACUGGGUGUCAACAGGAUUUUAUACCUGGCCGGUGAAAAUGUGCAUCUAUUGACAUACCUACCAAAUGCUAAGUACCCUGCUGUUAUGGUCAGUGUUCUUUUUUUAAGAAACUACAGGUCUUAGGGUCCCUGCCAUUCUAGCAGUCUACUGUGGUGUCAGAACAGAAUACUGUCACCCAAACACAAGCGUGAGAAAUAAUUCUCGAGAGCGGCUCUAAGAGUUACUGGGAAACCGAAGUGAGCAGUGAAUCCAUCGAGAGAUGUCACUCGGGAAAAAGGAAAUGAAGUAUAGAAUCCAGAGAAUAACUUAGGGGGACAUGUGCUAAGCAGUGAUAAAAGUGGAGAAGUUGCCCAUGGCAACCAAUCAGCUGCUCUUUAUACUUUUAUUGUAUACAAAUUAUAAAUGUUACGCCAAAUCUGAUUGGUUGCCAUGGGUAAGUUCCCCACUGGCUCACUUCUCCACUUUUAUCACUGCUUAGUACAUCUCCCCCUUAGUAUCUUAAUGGAAACUGAUCCAUGAAUAGUGAUUGUAGCUGGACACAGUAUUGCAACCAUAAGACACACUCUCACUACCCUGUCAAUAUCCUUAACAUUAUUAUUUUUUAUCUUUCAUAUCCAUAGACAACAUGAAGUUUAGAAACUACAUACAGGUUGUAUCUUCCAUAUCCGAAAAUCUGA